UUUCUCCCUGGCUGUUUGGGAAGAGAAACUUCCGGAGUUGAUUCCAGAGUUUUGCUUUUCCCGCAGAAACUUCCAGAUCGGCGCUGUGAAAUUUUUCCGGAAAUGUCUGGAAAUAUCCAAGGGCCCCAACAGCGGAUCGUCCUGGUGGGCAAAACCGGCAACGGGAAAAGCGCGGUGGGCAACACCAUCCUGGGAAGCCCGGUCUUCGAAUCCAAGAUGUCGUCCGGCUCCGUCACCCAGACUUGCCAACGGGAGGAGGCCGUGGUGAACGGCUGGAAAGUGGUGGUGGUGGACACACCGGGCUUCUUCAACAGGGCUCGUCUCGAGUGGGAAACCUCAGCCAAAGAGAGCAAGUGCAUCGAGUUUUGCAGGCCGGGCCCCCAUGUCAUCCUGCAGGUGAUCCGCCCAGUCCGCUUCACCAAGGAGGAGAAGGACGUGGCGCACUUGAUCAAGGAGAUCUUCAGCUUGAAGGCCAAGGAUUACAUGAUCAUCCUCUUCACCCGCAAGGAGGACCUGGAGGGCAAAACCCUGGAGAAGUUCAUCGCUGAAGGCAACGCGGGCCUGAAGGAGCAGGUGUACCGCUGCGGCAACCGCUUCCUGGCCUUUAACAACAAGGCCGAAGGCGCGGAGCACGAAGCUCAGGUGGGCCAGCUGAUGGCCAUGAUUGACGCGCUGGUGCAGAAGAACCGUGCUGCCCCGUGCUACACAGAGGAGAUGAUGAAGGCUGACAAGAAGCACUUUACCAAAAAACCGCACUCUUCCUGGCUGUCUCCUUUCUUUUGA